CACCGAUCACAACGGAGAACCGGCUGUGGGAGCAGGCAACCACACCUUCACUGCGUAGGAAGCAGUUGCGUUUAUUCCCCGGCAAAGGCACGGCCACCAAAAGGGACUGCAGCACGAGCUGACAAAAAGGAAACUAAGCGUUCGCAUGCAUAUGCUGGAAUAAUAUUGGCGCCAGCUACCUGUUCCAUCGAAGAAAACAGGAGAAGUCCGAUGCUGAAUGAGACAUUAUUUUACAUUUGGAGUCCAAUACAUGUUGGGUGACAGGAGGAGCCGUUAAAGGGCUCGAGGACCUCACCAUCCUCGAAAGCCGUUGGUGUGGGCAUGCCUCUAGCCCACGGAAGCUCAUAGCUGUUAGAAUUUCAAAUCAAUUCAAAUAUUUCAAUAAAUCAACUCUACGGUUUUUCUUCUUUAUCGGCUCGUACCACGAGGGAGAGGAUGGGAACAGAGCGUUUGUAGAAUUGGAAUGCCCCAAACUCUGUGCUCCAGCAGCAUGUUUGCCCCCGGUGGCUUGGGUCCCCCCCUGGCCCCUGGCGAGGAGGAGCCCCCCCAGGAGGAGGGCCCCGGGCCGGGAACGGCCUUCAGCGAGAGCCCCCCUAUCUCCUCCGCCUCCCUGGACACCCUUAUCCAGCACCUGGUGCCCACCGCAGACUACUACCCCGAGAAAGCGUACGUGUUCACGUUCCUGCUGAGUUCGCGCCUCUUCAUCCCUCCUCAUGAGCUGCUGGCGCGCGUCUGUCAACUCUGCAUCCAGCAGCAGCAACUGGAGCAGACGCCACUAGAUGCGGCCAAGGUGAAGAAAUUCGGUCCCAAGAUCCUUCAGCUGUUGACAGAGUGGACGGAAACCUUCCCCUCCGACUUCCGAGAAGAGAAGAUGGUGGCUCACCUCAAGGACCUCACCCACAGGAUAGCACCCUGCGAUGAGGCGUACCGUAAGAAGCAGCACCAGGUGCUGCAGAACCUGAAUGCCAAGCUGGCGGCCAUUGCGCAGGCCCAGGACGAGGCCAAGGUGGUUGCCAAGGUGACGGCCUCUGUGUCCGACAAGCUGGUGGCCUUCAAGACCAAGCCGGCGCCCAUCCAGAAGGACAUGCUCAGCAUCUGCAACGACCCCUUCACACUAGCACAGCAGCUCACACACAUAGAGCUGGAGCACCUGAGUCACAUUGGGCCUGAAGAAUUUGUCCAAGCCUUUGUACAGAAAGACCCCCUGGACACCAGCACCCAGCCUUGCUUCAGCGAACAGAGCUGCUCCACCUCUAACCUUGAGGCCUAUGUGCGCUGGUUCAACCGGCUGUGCUACCUGGUGGCCACAGAGAUCUGCAUGCCUCCUAAGAAGAAACAGAGGGCUCUGGUGAUCGAAUUCUUCAUCGAUGUCGCUCGGGAGUGUUUCAACAUCGGGAACUUUAACUCCCUCAUGGCCAUCAUAUCUGGAAUGAACAUGAGUCCAGUGUCUCGUCUCAAGAAGACUUGGGCCAAAGCCAAAACUGCAAAGUUCUUCAUACUUGAGCAUCAGAUGGACCCAACAGGGAACUUCUACAACUACAGGACAGCCCUGAGGGGAGCGGCACACAGGUCCCGGACAGCUCACAGCAACAAUGAGAAGAUUGUGAUUCCAUUCUUCAGCCUCCUCAUCAAAGACAUCUACUUCUUGAAUGAGAGUUGUGCCAAUCGUUUGCCCAAUGGGCACGUCAACUUUGAGAAAUUUGUGGAGCUGGCGAGACAGGUGGGAGAGUUCAUGGCCUGGAAGCAGAUGGAGUGUCCCUUCGAGCAGGACAGGAGCAUCCUCCACUACCUGCACACCGCUCCCAUCUUCAACGAAGACGGGCUUUACUUGGCCUCGUAUGAGAGUGAGAGCCCAGAGAACCAGGUGGAGAAGGACCGCUGGAAAUCACUCAGGUCCUCCAUCCUUGGGAAGACCUGAGACAGCCCUUCCAUCGGCAGCUAGCUUUUCAUGUCUGAAUUGAUGAGAGGUAAUUUAUUGCACUAGCGGAGACUGUGAAGGAACUAAGGCUGGCUCUUAGACAUACUGUAUUUAUACACGUGGAGAGAAAGAACACAAUGAACUUUGAAUCAGAAAAAAUGAUGAACAGGAUUCAUCAACUUACUCAUCAUCAUCAUCAUCAUUGUCGUCGCAAGCAUUGACAUGUAAAAAACAGAAACAGUGAACCAUCCUAGGCUUGAGUGAACUGUUGUAAUUUGAAGUAUUUGAAAUGCAUUGUGGGGGAGCGCUCUGUGCGUAUGGGGUGUAUGUCUACUGUAUGUUUGUAUCUUUCCACGAGUUGUUCUUCUGAGAAUUCUUGAUAUACGAAAAAGAAAUGUAGUCACAGGGAACAUACAACUUUGAAAACCUGUUUAUUGUACUUCAAAUAUGACGUGUUACAUUUUGUUAUUUUUACGUUUUUUUUUUUUUAAGUACUCUAAUCCUGUAUAUCAAUGUUCUUAAAGUAUUGUCAAGGGGCGCUGGCUUGCCCAUAAUAUUGCCUGGGGACGAUGAUGUGCUUUAGUGUCAUGAUAGAUGUGCACAUACCUGUGACAAAGGCCAAGUGUGUGUGUGUGUGCGUGUGUGUGUGUGUAUGCGUGUGUGUGUGUGUGUAUGUGUGUACGCGUGCGUGCAUAUUUGGAAUGUGUGCUUGAGUAGUUGUGUUUGUGUGUGCGUGCGUGUUUUCUACUGUAUUAACUAUCUGUACAUUAAGUCUCUGAACUGGACAUGUGAGCCAUAAAGAUGACAUUUAAAAAAACUAAACUAUAAUUAUACUAAACAUGAAAAGACCACAAUGCUACCUUACUUGCGUUACUGAAACAGAUAAUACACAUUCUCUCCGUUUACAUAAGAAAAAGACAGCUGAUGCGGUAUCCCUCAUGCUCUUGUGUGCAUUAUUUUUGUCAUGUUUAUCUUUCUUAAUUCUAGAAAUGAGAACAAUCAAAUGAAGAAAAAACUUGUUUGUGUGUGUACAGAGUGUAUUUGACAUCCUGCCAAAUGUCCUAUGACACAGGGGUUGUCCUUCUCGACUGAUAUUCAGUUGUUUACCAUGUUCAUGAUUCUGUGAUAACAGAUGAGUUUUUAAAUGUUUUAUUUGUAUUGGUUCGUUCCUUUUGUUCUGUUAUUUUGCU